AUGAAACACGAGGCACUCACACACAAAAUUCAUAACUUUUUUUUACAAGAUGACGUUAGCCGCGCUACAGCUGGCAAGAAGGAAACGAAGACGGUGAAAAAAAAUAAGAUGCAACGACGAUAUCUCCUAGAGUCAAUGAGAAAAUUACGCUAUAAAUUUAUUCAAGAGACAAAGAUUCCAGUGUCUUAUACCACUUUUACUAGAUACAAGCCCUUUUUUGUAUUAAGUCCCAAUCUCUCUAAUCGUGAAACAUGCUGUAAAAAACAUGGUAAUAUAGAAUUUAAAUAUACUACACUUAAAAAUCUUUCAAUAGUGAAGUCUAAAGAUUUAGAGGAAUUCAUAAAAAAUAAUGUCUGUGAUAUUCAAAAGAGGGAAUGUAUGUACUCGGAAUGCAAAUGUCAUUUAAAGGAAGAGACAACUGUUUAUGAUUUCUCGGAAUGUAAUUUAGAUGACGAAGUGUCUUGGCUGGAAUGGACAGUUCAAACUAUUGAAUAUCAAAAAGAGAAUAAAAACAAAACAACGAAAAGAAUGGCGAAAAUAAUAAAAUCAGGUACUCUAAGACAUUUAAUCGUGGAGUUUAAAAAAGAACUAGUAGAAUUCAGUCCACUGUUACAAUAUAUAUCACCAAUA